UUUAGUGAGAUGAAGCCGAACGAGGGAGUACUUUUCUGUACUAUUUUAUUGUGGAUUACUAAUCCAGUGAAAGGCAGGAACUCCAGAAAUAACAUUUUUCAAACGGAGUUAACUGAACUGAACGUCGAUGCGGAUCCGGAAAUGAUGAUCAUUUCACAUAAAAUAACAAAUAAAACUUUUCUGGAUGCCAACGUCACUAUGCUCCAACCUAUUGCAAGAGGGAAUACUUUAUUCUCAAUGUUAAUAAGAAUACAUUCUGGUGCUGGUGAUUUCUAUCAAACUUUACUCAAAUACUCUAGUGAAGAUUUUUGUGAACAUUGGAUAACUGCCUCGAAAGACCCCCUUUUGAGGCUUGCCCUUGGAAGAGCUCGACAAUUUACCAAUAUAAAGGGAUGCCCCCUGGAAGCUGGGGAAUACUAUUUCCGCAACUUUACAGCGAAUGGCAUCAUACCGGUCGGUAUUAUUCCUGAUGGUGAAUAUAUUAUUAAUGCCUCACUUCACCAAAAAAACCUUGCAAACGGGAAGGUCAAUAUAUCUUUAGUAGUGGUUGUUAUAAAUUAGUAACUAUGUUUUGUACGUAUACCAAAAAUAAAUGCUUUCAUUUCGAUAUUAA